AUGUUGUCGGGCGUCCUCAUCUUCAACCAAAAGGGCGAGAACCUCAUCUUUCGCGCCUUCCGCACCGACUGUCGCUCGCGACUUGCCGAUGUCUUCCGCAUCCAGGUUAUAUCCAAUGCUCAAGUCCGCUCCCCCGUCCUGACACUGGGAAGCACUACAUUUUGCCAUGUCAAACAUGAGAAUAUCUACCUGGUGGCCAUCACCAAGAGCAACGCCAAUGCCGCCCUCGUCUUCGAGUUUCUCUACCGCCUGAUCCAGCUGGGCCGCAGUUACUUUGGCAAGUUUGAUGAAGAGGCUGUCAAGAAUAACUUUGUCCUCGUCUACGAGCUUCUGGAUGAAAUCAUCGACUUUGGAUACCCCCAAAACACCGAGACCGACACGCUGAAAAUGUAUAUUACCACGGAGGGUGUCAAGUCAGAAUCAAAACCGGCCGAUACGUCCAAGAUUACCAUGCAAGCGACGGGAGCCCUUUCGUGGCGCAAGGCCGACGUCAAGUAUCGCAAGAAUGAGGCCUUUGUCGAUGUCAUCGAGGACGUCAACCUGCUCAUGUCAGCAACCGGGGCGGUUCUACGAGCUGAUGUCAACGGGCAGAUCGUCAUGAGGGCGUACCUGUCGGGCACUCCCGAAUGCAAGUUUGGCCUCAACGACCGUCUUCUGCUAGACAAUGACGGUAUGCACAGCAUGCCUAACGGUAACCGCAUGGGCACCAAGGCGACCAAGGCGGCGGCUGGCAGCGUGACGCUAGAGGACUGCCAGUUCCACCAGUGUGUCAAGCUGGGCAAGUUUGACAGCGACCGCAUCAUCAGCUUUGUGCCCCCCGACGGCGAGUUUGAACUAAUGCGCUACCGCGCAACCGAAAAUGUCAACCUACCCUUCAAGGUACACGCCAUUGUCAACGAGGUUGGCCGGUCCAAGGUCGAGUACAGUAUCGGCAUCAAGGCCAACUUUGGCCCUAAGCUGUUUGCCACAAACGUCGUCGUAAAAAUUCCCACGCCCCUCAACACGGCCAGCACCACGGAGCGAUGCACCCAGGGUAAGGCCAAGUACGAGCCGUCGGAGAACGUCAUCGUAUGGCGCAUCUCGCGCUUCACCGGCCAGAGCGAGUACGUCCUCAGCGCAGAGGCCAGCCUCACCAGCAUGACCAACCAGCGCGCCUGGAGCCGGCCGCCUCUCAGCCUCAACUUUAGUCUCCUCAUGUUCACCAGCUCGGGGCUGCUCGUCCGCUACCUCAAGGUGUUUGAGAAGAGCAACUAUUCUAGUGUUAAGUGGGUUCGCUACAUGACCAGGGCUGGAUCAUAUGAAAUCAGGUUUUAG